AUGGACAUGGACCUCCAUCAAGCAUAUGAAACAUGGGCCGCUGUAGUGGUCCGCCAAAACAACCUUUCUACACCUUACAACCGACAUUCGAUGUUGAAGUCGGGCUCUUCCUCACCCGCGGCCAGCUCCAUGCCAUCGCCUCCUACUUUGAUCACUAUAACCAGUGACCACGAUACGUUCCACCUUGACCUAAAGACUACUCAUGAGACGGUUUUUCAAAUCGGGACCCUUCUCAGUGCCGAUGUAAAGCAACUAAGAAAGGAGCUCGCCACAACCAAGCGAGAGACCAAAAAGGCUUCUUUGGAGCGAGACCACGUUGUUGCUGCACAUAACGAAGUGCGCAUUCAGCCUUUCACUGAUUUAUUCAAAGACCUAGUUUCAUUCUUGCACAGUUCUUACAUCCUAUUGGUGUCUUACUGCAUUGUCCCAUUUGCAAAGCAGUCAUGGAGCGGCCUUUCACCCAAUUGGUUUCAUGAAAGUAUCAGGAUCCGGUUGUCUUCCUGCUAUGAGUCGCUUCCUCAGAGCUUCAAAGACCAUGUCAAACCUUUCACAAGUGCUGAGGUAGAUAUAUUGUGUGAUGGGAUAUACGCCAUCAUUCCUGGUCGAUUAUAUCACUGUCCCAUGUGCCGAGCAUUUGUUGAUGAGCCUCCUAUUGAAGUCCCUUUACUCCGUGAUUUAUUCAGCAAGAUUACUGGAGCGUUGGGCCCUGAGGUAGAGUGUACAGAGCAGUUAUCUACAGAUCCAGCUUCGCAGUGGAGAAUAUUUUUUAGGAAGAGAAGGUAG